CCUCCGUGAAGUAUACUUGACCUUUGAGUUUUUACACAUAUAUACUGAUAAUUCUACGUCUACAGACACGAUAUGACAACAGUUGACAUGAAGCCACCGUCGUACAACGUGAACCACCUCUUGAGCGCCGUGCAGAGCGAGAUGAACGACUGUACCAAAAAGGGAGACCCAACGGAACGACACGUUAAAAUAUCGCUAGAAGACGUGGAAUUAUGGAAACGCUUUGGGAAUUUGACAAAUGAAAUGAUUGUCACCAAGAACGGAAGACGAAUGUUUCCAGUCCUCCGUAUCUCAAUCUCAGGGCUGGAUCCAAACGCCAUGUAUUCGGUACUUCUAGACUUCGUGGCCGCCGACAAUCACCGCUGGAAGUAUGUGAACGGUGAAUGGGUGCCCGGCGGUAAACCCGAAGCCGCUGCACCGAGUUCUGUCUAUAUACACCCUGAUUCGCCUAACUUCGGAGCCCACUGGAUGAAGCAGUCUGUUAAUUUCAGUAAAGUGAAACUAACAAAUAAACUCAACGGCGGCGGGCAUAUCAUGCUGCAUUCUCUUCAUAAAUACGAACCUAGAGUUCAUAUCAUCAAAGUUGGAGGUAACGAAAAACAGCGCAUGGUCAGCACCCAUACUUUCAAAGACACCCGUUUCAUUGCCGUUACCGCCUAUCAGAACGAAGAGAUUACUGCACUCAAGAUAAAACACAAUCCGUUUGCUAAAGCCUUCCUAGACGCCAAAGAAAGGUGUGAUAGCAGAGACCUAUUUGCCGAGGCCCAUGUGCAUGACAUGCAGCAACAGUGCUCACAGCUUGGUGGAUGGUUUCUCCCUGGUACGAGUGCGUUAUGUCCCGCUCCAGACCCCAGACAGUUCAGCAGUAUAGGUUUACAUGGAAGCGCACCUGGCUGUGAACGCUACAACAGUCUCAGAUCUCACAGAAGCGCUCCGUACCCAUCACCGUACCAAAAACACUCACAAACUGCCAAUAGUUACGCAGCCGAGUCAAUGCUGUCAGCUCAUGAAAACUGGCCGGCUCUACCCGUCUCGUCGCACACAUCGCACCCCAGCAGCCAAUAUCCAUCAAUGUGGCAGAUGGGAACACCGGUGACUAGUGCUAACACAGCCAUACCAACGGGAAUUAUUCGAUCGCCAUACGGCUCGAUCCCCGCCACCAUGAGUGGAACGAACAGCUUACAUUCCGGUCAUUCGCCUAUCUACGAGUCGUCGCACACCGACGUUCCGGACACGUACACAACCCACCAAACUUUGUCGGCGCCUAAACAGGGAUGGAACCCCCUCACGCCACCUCUGGUAUAAGACUUAUUUGCACUGAAAAGACAAUUUCUUAAAGUUUUGAUAAGUUUUUUGAACAAAAAUGUUUAUUUUUUAUAUGACGUUGACCGUGACCGCCUCAUGUGGAUGGAUGGCAAAUCAUUCAAGUCCGAAAUUGACAUCCACGACUAAGACCAUACCUACCUCUUCAAUCGCACCGACAAUCGGUAACAAGUUUCAGGGUAAAAUUGAGUCAUUUUCUCUUGUACUUAAAACCUUCUAUUAAAAGUUUCUAUCCAUUUUUUCGGGAUAUUUAAAGAAUAGUUUGUUUUCGUAUUUCACACAGAACGUAAGUGCAAUUUUUAUUUGUUUUGUUUUAUUAUUUUAAUUCAAAUUCAGUUUUCUUGAUUUAUUUCAAAUAAUGUAAUUACGCAGCUACAUUUGGUAUGUAGAAGGUCAACUCCAACACAGUGAUUUUAAUUUCAACGGAAUUCGAUUUCAUAAAAUGCAGGUUUCAGAGUUGAUGUCUCCUCAGUUCCUUAAUGUUUACGUUUUUUUGUUUCAAAUAAUAACCUUGCCAAAUAUUCCUUCAUAUUUAUAUAUUGUAAAUGUUUAUCUGCCGUAUUUUUUCUGAAAGAAUUAAAUAGAAUUUUUUCUACAUGA